AUGUAUGGGUCUGCACUGAUUGAGGGGUGCAAUGACGACACCUACAAUCACUAUUCCCUUCAUGGGAACUGGAUGAAUGUUGACUUCGCAAUGCGGCAGAUGAUCGUUCCAGAUGUUUCUGGGACACCAGAAGUACGUUCAGUCACCGAUGGAGACUUUGCAAUUGGCAAUGGUAUUUUGGAAAAUGGACCCAGUAUUUCUCGAAACGAGUGGAUACAUUGGCAAGAUCAACUGGUUGAUGCAACUAAGAAGCACAAUCGAUCCCCUCGGAAAAUGCCCUGGAAGCCAUCGCCUUCAAAGCUCAAGAUCAAGGCAUCCGAGCAGCUGGCCCUAGACCAGCUUUUCACUUACUCUUUUGUGUCACUUGAUCUCAUGAGUACCAUUAUCCAAAAGGCCGGGGUCGCCCCAAAAAGAAUGGCACACACAUCCAUUUCUCUGCCCGUUGGAAUCAUGGAAAUUGUGACCAGGAAGGCUUGGUCUGACUGCAAGAGUAUUCCUGCACCCUUGGCUACCCGACCUGGGAUCAUGGGCGAUCUGAUCAAGAAAGCUUGGGCUACUGCUUGA